AUGGUACGUUCACAUAUUGAUCUUAGCACCGAGCUGAAGAGAUAUUUGCUACCCCUCGGUCUACUUAACGCCGCCCAAGGCCACCCCAUGCUGGUCGAGCUGAAGAACGGAGAGACACUCAACGGUCACCUGGUUUCUUGCGAUACAUGGAUGAACCUCACACUCAAGGAGGUGGUGCAGACAAGUCCGGAGGGCGAUAGAUUCGUGCGAUUACCGGAGGUCUAUGUCAAGGGAAACAACAUCAAAUACCUGAGAGUACCCGACGAGAUUAUCGACCAGGUUAGCGAAUCGCAGAAGGGCCAGCAGGGCGGUUUCCGAGGCGGACGAGGAGGCGGUUCAAGGGGAGACCACAGUGGACGCGGCGGUGACCGUGGUCGUGGCCGUGGAGGCCGAGGCCGAGGCCGGGGACGAGGUCAAUAA